AAGUAGGGUCGUUGUGGCAACAGUGGGUCAAGUGGGCACACUGAGUCGGCACCAUAUUGGGCAAAAAGAGUAGGACAAUAGCUGCAUCUCUUUCACAGUAGAUUCGCGUUCAGACGUGACUCGCUUCACGCUAGUCGGUGCGCCGUUCGGAAGUGUGGUGUACGACAUACACGUUAAUUUGUGUUUUAAGACUACAAAAGUAAAAAAAUCACAAUGCCAAAAAAACGCCCGAUAAGUAGAAAAAUUGGUAAUCACACAAAAGAACAAAUGAAGGAAGCGCUUCAAGAAAUUGAGUCAGGAAAAAAGAUACGUGCUGUAGCAAGGGAUAAAAGAAUUCCAUUUUCAACGCUACAACGUUAUGCAGUCAAAGUAAAAGCAUCCAAAAGUACAGAAAAUGUAAAGCUUGUUCCGAAUUAUGAUGUUAAUAGAGUUUUUACGGAUGAGCAAGAACAAGCACUUACUGAAUAUUAUAAAAACUGCGCUCUUAUGUUUUACGGCCUAACAACAAAAGAUUGUCGAAAAGUUGCAUAUGAAAUGGCUGUUAUAAACAAAAUUAAAAUGCCACAGUCAUGGAUUGUUAACCAGAUGGCAGGUAUCGACUGGUUAAAAUCUUUUCGCAAGCGUCAUAAUGAACUUUCUUUACGCAAACCGGAAGCUUGCAGUCUGGCUAGAGCAACAGCUUUUAAUAAGGAAACCGUGAAGGUCUUUUUCGAUAAUCUACAAGAAGUUUAUAAAAGACAUUCUGCAUUUGCUGAUGGUACCAGAGUGUACAAUCUUGAUGAGACGGCAACGGUUACAGUGCAGAAACCCCAAAAAGUAAUAGGUCCUAAAGGUAAGAAUAUCGGGAAAGUAACAAGUGGCGAAAAAGGCACCCUAGUAACAACUUGCUGCAUUAUCAGUGCAGCUGGUCAAGCUUUGCCACCGGUACUUAUUUUCCCAAGGAAAAACUAUAAGGAUCACAUGAUUAAAGGUGCUCCCCCUGGAACAUUAGGGCUAGCUACACCAUCUGGUUGGAUGAAUAGCGAGUUAUUUGUCGACACAAUCAAACACUUCAUCAAAAACACAUCGAGCUCUAAAGAAAACCCUUCAAUAUUAAUUAUGGAUAACCACGAGUCGCAUUUGUGCAUUGAAGCCUUAGAUAUAGCAAAGGAAAACGGUGUGACAAUAUUGACACUACACCCUCAUACGUCAGCAAAGCUGCAACCUUUGGAUGUGGGCAUUUAUUCUCCAUUUAAAAGCUACUACAACGCCGCUAUGGAAUUAUGGCUGCUAAACAAUCCAGGAAAAGGUGUAACAAUAUAUGAUUUAGCUGAGCUGAUAGGGACCGCAUUUAUCAGAACCAUGACGCCAACAAAUAUUAUUAAUGCCUUUAAAAAGACCGGGAUCCAUCCUUUUGAUAGGAAUGUUUUCACAGAAGAAGACUUUUUACCGAGCGCUGUGACUGAUCGUCCCAAUCCUAAUGUCCCCCAAAAUUCACUUAACGUAUCAUUUCAAGAUAUCAGCGAAAUUGAGCAAAAUAGUCCGACAAUUCUAGAAAAGGAAACACUCCUUGGGCCAUCAGUAAAUUCUCCAACUUUUCAGCAAGAGCCAGAGCAUGACUCACGACAAGAACCUCUAGAGUCACAGAGAGAACAACCCCAAGAACCACCCAAGCCUCAGUGUUCUAAGUCUAAAGAUACAUCGCUAUUAUCAGGUGGUUUUGUCAGCCCAAGUCAGUUUAGACAACCCCUCAAAGCUAUGCCAAGGGCAAACAUAAGAAGAAGAAGAAAACCUGGUCGCAGCUUAAUCGCCACGGAUACACCGGAGAAGGAAAAUAUUAGACUACAAAGAUCGGAAAUCAAAAAAAGAAAAUUACCCAAGCAAAACAAUACAAAUAAACCAAAUAAAAAAGCAGUUAGAAAAAUCUUGCAGAGUGAAUCAGAAGAUGACGCUGAAAACUUUUCUCUUGACGACGAAGACUCCGAUUGGUGCGAGGAAGACGAAGUUGAAGACGAAAUUGAAAUUCUAACUGAUCAAAAAUUACAGCUCAAUGUCUUGCCUCGAGUUCUGAAGGAGGAAGAUUACGUUCUCGUUCGUUUUUCAACUAAGAGGAAAAGUAUUUAUUUUGUAGGAAAAGUUUUGCAAGACCGUAAUGAAAACUUAGAAUAUUACGUGAGCUUCCUCCGUGUAAAUCGCAAAUAUCAGUUCCACAUGCCAAGUAAUCCUGAUUUGUCAUACGUUAAGGAGUGUGAUGUAAAACUUAUAUUGCCUAAGCCUUGUGUAGGAGGAAGCACCUUACGCCAACAGUCUUACUACUAUUUCAAUGUUGACUUUUCCCAAAUUGAUAUCCGUUAGUUGAGAUUGAUUUUAUAUUAUGUCGAAGUUCAUAAAAAAUAUCAAGUUACUAAGAUCUCAAUAAUUGUGAUUCAUAGAGUUGGUAGGCAAUAAAAAAAAUAAAGAAUUCAUUAUUUUGUUUGAGA